GUACCAGAUCAGUUUUUCGCAUUGCCUGUGAUUACGAGUUUGACUUUGUGGGCAACUAUUGAGUUGGGAACUGAUGCUGCACGUUUAAAUUCGCAAAAUCUUCAAACAAUGAAAUACGUUCUGCGGGCGCUACCGUUUGUCAUUUUGCCGUUCACCGUGAAUUUCCCCGGAGCCAUUCUGUGCUAUUGGCUGUCAAGUAACGUUAUUUCACUUGGUCAAGUAGGAUUUCUCAAGAUUCCCGCCGUGCGCGAUUAUUUCAAGAUUGAUCCCAUGCUGCAGCAUGAUAAAGCCAAGUUGCCAAUACAAAAUAAAGGAUUCGUUGGUGGUUUGAAAGACUCAUGGACAAAUAUCAAGAUCACUAAAGAAAUUGAAGAACGUCGGCGAUUAGACGAGCUGCAGUUUCAGCGCGCUGGUAAAGGACCACUUGUUAAAACAUACAAAUAUGAUCCAACAAAACAAGUGAAAAAAACAAGUACUGCACAGAGUGCAAUAAAGAGUAGUAACUGAACAUUGUUGUAAACUUAAGAUUGAAUUAAUUUCAAUACAUUUAAUAAACAAAUGUACAAAUACA